AUUCUGGACCCAAAUCUUUUUAAGAAAGAAUGGACAGACCACAAAUUACGCUGGAAUCCUGAUGAAUACGGUGGAAUUCGUUCAAUUAAAGUUCCAUCGGAAUCUCUCUGGCUUCCCGACAUAGUUCUCUUUGAAAAUGCUGAUGGCCGUUUCGAAGGCUCCCUCAUGACCAAAGUCAUCGUGAGAUCCAACGGCACCGUCAUUUGGACGCCCCCCGCCAGCUACAAAAGCUCGUGCACCAUGGACGUCACCUUUUUCCCAUUCGACCGGCAGAACUGCUCCAUGAAGUUCGGGUCGUGGACUUACGAUGGAACCAUGGUUGACCUCGUUCUGAUCAAUGAAAAUGUUGACAGGAAGGACUUCUUCGAUAACGGAGAAUGGGAGAUACUCAAUGCAAAAGGGAUGAAGGGCAACAGGAGAGACGGUGUCUACUCCUACCCGUUCAUCACGUACUCGUUCGUCCUGCGCCGCCUGCCCCUCUUCUACAGCCUCUUCCUGAUCAUCCCCUGCCUAGGGCUGUCUUUCCUGACAGUGCUUGUGUUCUAUCUCCCUUCCGACGAAGGGGAAAAGCUGUCCCUGUCCACCUCGGUGCUGGUUUCCCUGACCGUGUUUCUCUUAGUAAUUGAGGAAAUAAUCCCCUCUUCCUCCAAAGUCAUUCCUCUCAUUGGGGAGUACCUGUUGUUCAUUAUGAUUUUCGUGACCCUGUCGAUUAUUGUGACAGUUUUCGUGAUUAACGUUCACCACAGGUCCUCUUCCACUUACCACCCCAUGGCCCCCUGGGUGAAGAGACUCUUUCUGCAAAAGCUUCCUACAUUGCUUUGUAUGAAGGACCACGUGGAUCGCUACUCUUUCCCAGAUAAGGAUGAGAGUCAACCAGUAGUGAAAGGUAAAGCUCUAGAAAAAAGGAAACAAAGACAGGUGAGUGAUGGAGAAACAGUUCUUGUUGCUUUCUUGGAAAAGGCAGCUGAUUCCAUCAGAUACAUUUCAAGACACGUGAAGAAGCAGCAUUUCAUCAACCAGGUGGUACAAGACUGGAAAUUCGUAGCCCAAGUUCUGGACCGAAUCUUUCUGUGGCUCUUUCUGAUAGUGUCAGUUACAGGCUCUGUUCUGAUUUUUACUCCUGCUUUGAAGAUGUGGCUCCAUAGUUCCCACUAG